GGGGAAAGGCUUCUUUUGAACUGCUCUUCUUGUUCGCAGGAGAAAGGAACAGCGAAACCCUAGCGGAAGAGUAGAGCCCUCGGGGACUUCUGAAUCGUUACGUCCUCGUAUUUCAGUUCCCGAUCCGUUCCGAUCACUUAUUCUUGUUGUUCGAUCUCCGCUCAGCGAGUUUUUGGUUCGAUCGGAUUUGGCGGAAGGUUAUCUGUUGGAACUUGAGCAGGAGGAUGGUAUCGGACGCGAGCAAGAGGAAGGCGGCGGCCAAGAAAGCCGCAGCCGCUGCGAAGAGGGGUGGGAAGUCUGCCGUGACGUCGUCGAAGACGUCUGAGGUGACCAACGGGAUUGCGAAGGUUGCUGAUGGAGUGGGGGCCUUCCAGAUCUCAGAUCGGACUUGCACUGGAGUACUUGCUUCGCAUCCCCAAUCCAGAGAUAUCCAUAUUGAGUCCUUAUCAUUAACCUUUCAUGGGCAUGACCUGAUAGUAGAUUCUGAGUUGGAGCUCAACUAUGGAAGGCGCUAUGGUUUGUUAGGACUUAAUGGUUGCGGGAAGUCAACUCUUCUGACAGCUAUUGGAUGCAGAGAGCUCCCCAUCCCUGAGCACAUGGAUAUAUAUCACCUUAGCAGGGAAAUUGAAGCUUCUGAUAUGUCUGCUCUGGAGGCUGUCAUCUGCUGUGAUGAAGAAAGAUUGAGGUUGGAGAAAGAAGCUGAAAUAUUAGCCGCCGAGGAUGGCGGUGGUGGAGAAGCUUUGGAUCGCAUCUAUGAGCGAUUGGAAGCUCUUGAUGCAUCGACCGCUGAAAAGCGAGCUGCUGAAAUUUUGUAUGGUCUUGGUUUUAAUAAACAAAUGCAAACAAAGAAAACCCGAGACUUCUCUGGUGGUUGGCGUAUGAGGAUUGCAUUAGCUAGAGCCCUCUUUAUGAAUCCAACAAUACUUUUGCUUGAUGAACCAACAAAUCAUCUUGAUUUGGAAGCAUGUGUUUGGUUGGAAGAGACUCUAAAGAAGUUCGACCGAAUCCUAGUUGUGGUGUCACACUCCCAGGAUUUUCUCAAUGGAGUAUGUACCAACAUCAUACACAUGCAGAACAAGAAGCUUAAGCUGUACACUGGUAAUUAUGAUCAAUACGUCCAAACCCGCUCAGAGCUGGAAGAAAAUCAGAUGAAGCAGUACAAAUGGGAGCAGGAUCAAAUUUCUUCAAUGAAAGAGUACAUUGCUCGUUUUGGACAUGGUUCUGCAAAACUGGCUCGUCAAGCUCAGAGCAAGGAGAAAACCCUUGCUAAGAUGGAGCGUGGCGGACUUACAGAGAAAGUGGUGAGGGACAAAGUGUUGGUCUUUCGCUUCACAGAUGUUGGUAAACUACCCCCACCAGUCCUACAGUUUGUUGGCGUGACUUUUGGCUACACUCCAGACAAUCUCAUCUACAAAAACCUAGAUUUUGGGGUGGAUCUAGAUUCAAGAAUUGCCCUCGUAGGGCCUAAUGGUGCUGGCAAGAGCACAUUGCUCAAGCUAAUGACGGGUGAUCUCAUUCCUUUAGACGGAAUGGUGCGGCGGCACAAUCAUCUCAGAAUUGCACAAUUUCAUCAGCAUCUUGCAGAAAAGCUGGAUCUCGAUAUGUCAGCCCUCCAGUACAUGAUGAUGGAAUACCCAGGCAACGAGGAAGAGAAAAUGAGGGCUGCGAUAGGGAAGUUUGGACUGUCAGGAAAAGCACAGGUGAUGCCCAUGAAACACUUGUCGGAUGGUCAGAGGAGCAGGGUAAUUUUUGCCUGGCUGGCCUGGAGGCAACCUCAUUUGCUGCUGCUCGAUGAACCAACAAAUCAUCUGGAUAUUGAAACUAUUGAUUCAUUAGCUGAAGCACUGAACGAGUGGGACGGUGGCCUAGUUCUGGUGAGCCAUGAUUUCAGAUUGAUCAACCAGGUGGCCGAGGAGAUUUGGGUGUGCGAGAAUCAAGCUGCCACCAGGUGGGAGGGUGACAUUAUGGGCUUUAAGGAGCACCUUAGGAACAAGACUGAGUUCGCGGAUUAAUAUCUCUCUGAAGUUAUCUUUUAUUCAGAGUUUAUGGUUUGAUUACCUCGAUAUAGUGAAGUUUUCACUAUUAUGUAUAACUUGAGGCUGCCUAGCAUUAAAGGUGGCAUUUAGCCUAUUACUGUAUAAUCAGCCUGGCUGACUGUAAUGUAUUCAUGGAGAAUCCACGUAAGAACAUAAGCUAUUCUAUCGCCUAAA